AAGUGGCGCUGUUUAUAUCCCACGACACGUGCGUUUUAUCAUACAGACUGAUUCCAGAAAACAAAGGGCCAAGUAAUCAUCUACUAAAGUAGUUUACAGUUCUUCGAAGAGUAAGGGAUGCCAUCCAUCCUAAUUUUGUAACGAUAUCAAGAGUAAAAUGACAAAGAACAAAAACGUAAAAGACGAACUUGAAUCUUCGUCUUCCUUCUCCCAGUGUCGAGCGGAAUAUGUAUUACAAAAUCUUCCUAAUAUAGUUAAAUAUAUCCUUGAUUGCUUGAAUAAUGAAGAUUUAGUACGAUUGAAACGAGUAUGCACUUUAUGGAAAGAUAUAGCCAGCGAAAUCUUGAGAAACAGAGUGAUAUUCGUAACCAAGCAUAUUCCAAAAGAUGUGCAAAUGAAGUCCAUUCUUAGUCCGGAUAUGUUGCUUCCUUACAUAAAGAAAAAAUGCACUAAACAACUUAUACCAGAAAUAAUAAUAAGUGAAUUGCCAAAUUGUAAAACAUGCGAUGAUUUUGCAAGAUCUUCAGAUAAAUUUACAAGACAAACAAGACAACAUUCAUCUGAACCACCUUCACCAUUGAUACAUUCAUCUGAACCACCUUCACCAUUGAAACAUUCAUCUGAACCACCUUCACCGUUGAUAUAUUCAUCUGAACCACCUUCACCAUUGAUAAGUACACAGUUAGCCGUUAUUCCAUCCCUUCCAAAAAUUCGAGUGCAUCGUUUCUCGUUAACAUCCAGAGAAAUUCAAGAGAACAUUAUUAACGGAAUGACAGAUUUGUCAGAAAUCAUAGAUAUACCUAGAGAAGAACUCAAAUGCAUUCUAUGGUUUGUAGACGGUGAAGUAGAACAGCGUGUUUUGAACGUGAUGCCAAGAUGCCCCUUUGCUGGCAUCAGUAGUUGCGAAGGAACACCAGAGACUUAUACAGCACUAGCAUUCUCUGGAGAGGGAGUUAAUGCUCUCUCGUUUGUUUUAACCGGAGAAGAAGGAUUAGAGACGAAAAUCAAGGCACAAAAUGCGGAGGAAACGUUCAAACACUUCAAAUCACGCUACGAAAUUAACCAACGAAAAUGCGUGGCAUUCAUAUUUUGCAGUUACAUCUGCAAAUGCAACUUGGCAUUCACGUUGAACAAGUUUGAAGAAUAUUUUCCAAAUUUGCCGAUUUUGUUUUAUUACAACUGUAGAUUUUUUGGUGCAAACUGUAUUCCCAAAAUAAAAGAAAAACAAGAAAAUUUCAUUUUUACGUCUAGUGGUCGACCUUGGCAUAUAGGAACACUCGUUCUAGUAUGGUUUAACUGAACCCAAUCAGUUCUGUACUUUAUAUUUGUAUACAUGUUAAUAAAAUUACAUUCGUGAAUUUAAUAACAAACUA